CAAGUAUUCCUCUUCACAGCUGAAAGUUAAUCUGAUCCAAAGAUAGAUAUAAUGGCAGCAACUCUGAAGGCAAACAACACUUACAUUUUCCCCGAUGACAUAAGUAGCAGCGAUUUCAGUUCAGAUUUCGUUUGGGGUUCCGCCACUUCUGCUUAUCAGAUCGAAGGCGCUGCAUUUGAAGGUGGUAGACAACCAAGCAUCUGGGAUGCUUUCUGCCUCAAAAAUCCUGGUGCCAUCGACAAUGGUGACAAUGGAAACAAGGCUAUUAAUGCUUAUUACAAAACCAAGGAAGAUGUGCAAAUGAUGAAGAAAAUGGGUCUAAAAGCCUACAGAUUCUCAAUUUCAUGGAGUAGACUAUUGCCAGGUGGAAAAGCUAGCAUGGGCAUCAACCAGGAAGGUGUUGACUACUACAAUAACCUAAUCAAUGAGCUGAUUGAGAAUGGAAUUACACCAUAUGCCACUCUCUUUCAUUGGGACCUUCCCAAUGCCCUAGAGGAAGACUACAUGGGAUUUUUAUCUGAACUAGUUGUACUUGAUUUUGUGGAUUAUGCGGAAUUUUGCUUCUGGGAAUUUGGUGAUCGGGUGAAGCAUUGGAUCACAUUGAACGAGCCGUAUACCUUUGCUGCUAUGGGUUAUGCUUACGGGACAAUGGCACCUGGGCGAGGAGGAGGAGAUACCGAAACUCAGCAAGCCGUACUCGCAUCUGGAAAUAAUCUUGGAACUCGUAAUCGUGCAAGAGCUUUCAACAAUAAAGAGGCUGGGAAUCCUGCCACUGAGCCCUAUACUGUAGCACACAACUUACUCCUUUGUCACGCUAAUACUGUCAGACUAUACAGAGAUAGAUUCAAGGAAAGCCAAGGGGGUGUGAUCGGAAUUACGUUAAACACACAGUUUUACGAGCCACUUGAUCCAACCAGUCAGGAUGACAAGGAUGCAGCCAACAGAGGCAUAGACUUUAUUUUCGGAUGGUUCAUGAACCCAAUAUUUAAUGGCAAGUACCCCCAGAGUAUGAUAGAUAAUGUUACAGAUGGCCGUUUGCCUGAAUUCACAGAUAAGCAAAUCGAGUUAUUGACUGGAUCCUUCGAUUUUCUUGGGUUGAACUACUAUACUGCUCAAUACGCCACCACUGCAGCACCAACUGAUGUCGUCUCCUACUUGACAGAUAGCAAGGUCCAUCAACAGCCAGAUGAUCUUAAUGGGGUACCUAUUGGACCACAGGGAGGUGUUUAUUGGUUUUAUUCAUAUCCACUUGGCUUAUACAAAUCGCUUAUGCAAAUCAAAUCUGAGUACGGAGAUCCAACGAUAUAUAUAACUGAGAAUGGCUGGCCUGAUGCAAAUAAUAACGAUCUCAAACUUGAAGAAGCCCGUGUUGAUGAGAAACGUGUUAAUUAUUACAAUACACAUCUUCAAAGCCUCAGAGAUGCAAUUAGAGAUGGCAGUAAAGUUGUGGGGUACUUCGCUUGGUCAUUGAUGGAUAAUUUUGAGUGGGCCUCAGGAUAUUCGGUUCGUUUUGGUCUAUUUUAUAUAGAUUACGCUCAUGGGAAAUACACCAGGUACCCAAAGACGUCUGCAAUAUGGUUCAUGAGAUUUCUUAAUGCCAAGAAAGCAAUUGAAAUCAACAAAGCUUCAUGAAGGUAAUCCAAACUGUUGCUUGAAGUUAAACCCAAGGACCGAGUCAGCAAUGAGAAGGAAAUAUAAUAAUGUUAUGUUGUUUUCUUUUGUAAUAAGAAGUACUCUUGUACUAAGUCAUGUUGUUUUCUUUUACAAUAAUAGUCUUGUACUAAGUAAGUCUUUGGGAUUGGAAACGUCUAUUUUUCCUAUUUAUUUUAGUAGGAUAUAUGAAUGUUAUUUGUUAGCAGAACAAUGUUAUUUUACUAUGUUGUGAACGUUCACAUCAAAAUCGGUAUAUAAACGAGUAUGUAGGCAUUACAUUU